AUGAUCGCCGAGAGCCUUCAAAUCCGGGAGCACGAGCUCUUCCUGACAAGCCCCUUCGCCAACGCCCUAGACGCAAGGAUUCUGAGCCAAGUCAACCUGAUGCAAAUACUGACAAGAGUCUACGACCGGUUUUCAGAGCGCAAAGUUCCUGUCUUGAACCAGAUCAGAGCAAACGGAGGCUCACUUGGAUCUCAUAGGGAGACUCGCACAGGGUCGAAUCAGAGCAGUACAAUGGGCGGCUUGCCUUCGGGCGGGGCGAACGGGUUCCCUUACGAUAGAUUCAACGCGAGCGAGGAUCGGCGAUCUAACAACGAUCCAUCAACGGCCAUGCUUGCCGAGUCUGACUUCGAAGCCCUCCGGUCCUUCAAUCUGGAAAUCGACCAGUGGCGCAUGCGCUGGCAUCCUCUCCAAACGCAGAACUUUUGCAUUGGUAGUUUCCCUCCACUCGGAAUCAUACUCUACUCCUACUUCGCAAAACUCCAGAUCAACUCGUUAGCAGUGCGCGGCAUCUCUCUUACGACUUCGUCGCCGGACCAGUUUCUCUCCACUGAGCGCAAAGAAUUCGCCAACCUUGCCGUGUCUGCCGCCGUCAGCAUCAUCACGUUCGUCCUGGAGGAGGAUGAUAUGCGCAGAGCUCUCGUUGGCACGCCGCUUUACGUGCAUACGAUGAUUGCGUUCGCGAGUGUGUUCUUGAUGAAGGUAGCAACUAGAUGGAACUCGGUCAUGGGGCUGAAGGUGGAGGAGGAAUACGUUGCUAGACUUCUGGGGAGGAUGAUUGGGGUGCUCAAAAGCGCCGUCACAUCUGAUCGACAUGUUUUGAAGCACAUCGCUACAGGCCUGGAGAAAAUGCUGGACAGGAUGGAGGAGUCGCGAGAGCGGAGGCAUUGCUCUGAAGGUGAAGGAACAGUCCGAGAAGGUAUGGAUGCGCGACGGGCUGCAGAUCAAGGGGGAAGUAUGGCAGGUUAUCUGUACGAAGGUGGUUAUGGAGGCAACAUGGCGACACCUCGCGGAAACGAGUCUGGAUUUAAUCGGCCUGUGGGAGGGCCUGCCGCACUGGAAGCGCAGUUUCUCACACCGGCAACAUGGGUUCAGGGAGGACUGAGCCAGUCUUCACAACCUUCGGGACAGGACAUCUUUGACGACGACCUUGCUUUGAUGAACGACAACUUGAUCUUCGAGGCUUUCGGCACGGGGUCAGCAAAUGAUGUGUAUAAUCUUCUGUCGAGUCAAUUCUCGUUGGGAUAA